AUGAAGCCAACCACAGUCUUUGGCCUCCUCAUCGCCGACCUGGUCAGCGCGGUCGACAUGAGCCCCUACAAAGCUGGUACCGGCGUCGAGGAUGGGUUUGCCACGUUUGUCGAGGAAUAUUACCGCGUCUCAGAGGACAAGGCUGCAACAACUACCUUCACUGAUUUCUGGACGACUGACGGAGAGCUCAUCAUCGCGGGGAAUGCUUACCAGGGGUACGAUGCCAUGCUGGCUGUCAAGCAGGCUCUUCUCCCGGUGGACGGGAACAAGGCAUGGUGGCACUUGAUCCGUGGCUCCGAACUUGUGGGAGAGGCGGCAGACUCCAAGACAUACGUGGCAGAUAUCGUGAUCCAGACGACAUAUACUCCCGGAAAUUGCUCGCAGGCAUAUGGCAAUGCGUCGUUCACAUUAUUGAAGGGAAAUGAUGGGCUGCCCAUCUUGACGCCGCAUAGUCAAGCAUUGACUAUCUACAAUCUGAGUGUCUCGACGACGGCGUCACCAACGGACAUUGCUUGCACAACUUCAUGA